GCGCUAGUUGCAGGCUUGGUUCCGCCUCCGAGGGUCCAUGGUGUCCUCCUCCCCGCGGCUCAGGCUACUCUGGCGGCACUUUGUCAACGCUCGAAUGGGAGACAUGAGCUCUAAGGGUCAGAUGCCCACCCCGGAGACCGCGCUGCCCGGGCGGACCGACAGCCCCAUAAAAGUCUCCGCCAAACAUGAUGUAAACGGCAACAGGACAGUUCCUCCAUUUCCUGAAGGCACAGAGACUGCCAUCUUUGGCAUGGGCUGUUUCUGGGGGGUAGAGCGUAAAUUCUGGAGACAGGAGGGAGUGUACUCGACUCAGGUGGGCUACGCUGGAGGAUACACGCCCCACCCAACCUACAGAGAAGUCUGCACAGGCAAGACGGGUCAUGCAGAGGUGGUGCGUGUUGUCUUUUACCCUGAGAAAAUCAGCUUCGCUGGACUCCUCAAAGUGUUCUGGGAGAGCCACGACCCCACGCAGGGGAUGCGUCAAGGGAACGACUUUGGCACAGCGUAUCGCUCUGUGAUCUACACCUCCUCUCCUCAGCAAACACAGGACGCUCUGAGCUCCAGGGACCAGUACCAGAAGGUGCUGACGGAGGAGGGAUACGGCCCCAUCACGACAGAGAUUGCAGAGGGAAAGAUGUUUUACUACGCCGAGGACUACCAUCAGCAGUACCUGAGCAAAAGCCCAGAUGGGUACUGCGGACUGAGGGGUACCGGGGUAUCCUGCCCCAUAGGACUCGGCAAAAGCUAAACCAGGACUAAUAGACUAAACUGCCACACAAACUGGACUAAACCAGGACUAAAACAAGACUAAACCUGGACUAAACCAGGACUCAAACAAGACUAAAUCAGAACUAAAACAGGAUAAACCUGAACUUUAAGAACUAGAGCAGGGACUGAAGCGGGACUGAAGCGGGACUGAAACAGGACUGAAACAGGACUGAAACCGGAUACACUGGGACUUAAAGGACUUAGACCGGGACUAGACCGGGACUAGACCGGGACUAGACCAGGACUAGACCAGGACUAAAACAGGAUGCUAAGCAGGACUACAGCGGCUGGACAGAACUGAUCCAGGACAAACAGGAUUUAAUUGCGGGUUUAAUGCGUUCAGCACGUAAAAAAACAAAAAAACAAAACAUCAUUUGGCUUUGUUUUGCCAUUAUCUCAAAUUACAUGAUCUGAUUUUGAUUAUCUCAUCUUUUAUAAGGCACAAUAUGCAAUGGGCAAAUCCUUUUUAUUUAUUACUUGUGUUAUGCUUGAAAUUAUACUGGAGGUGGAGGGUUCAAUCCUUUAAAGUUUAAAUGAAGUCAAAUGUUGAUGCAGAUAUUUUGUUUUUAAUAAAUUGUAAAGUCUUCCAAUGUG